AUGGCUGCUGCACCGACAAUUGAGCCUCGCGGGCUCGGUUUGGCUCAGCUCAUCACCUCUAUCCUGUUCGGUAUUCUUACUACCGUUGUUGUCUUUCUGCGGACGUUUAUUCGCGUAAAGAACCGUGUUUUUGGAGCUGAUGAUAUGUUGAUGGUCAUUGGAUAUGUUGGUUUCACCACCGGAAUCUCUACAGUAACCAGGCAGCUAACAUCCAGUCGCAAGAUUUUGUUUGCAAUACUUGUCGGCGUAAGCUCUAAAUCUACAUACUAUGGAGCAGGCCAGCGAGAUUCAGUCCUCCCAGAGGGUAUUUACCCUCAUGGAAGGUUUUAUGUCUGGCUCUUCCAGAUAUUCUACUGCGCAUCCCUCGUCUUCAUAAAAGCUUCUAUUUGCGACGCCCUGCUAAGAAUCGCAGUUAUACCAUGGCAUCGAGUGGUUGCAUGGAUGACACUUGCUAUGGCUGUUAUCUGCGCCAUGAUUGUGUUCAUAAGCCUUUUCGUGCUCUGCAAGCCAUUGUCAGCAACUUGGAAUGGUGACGGAAAAUGCUCACCACCUUCGGCUCUGGCUAUCCUGGCUUGUUUCGUCUCGGCCUCUUCGAUAUUGACCGAUAUUAUUUGUGCAGCACUACCAGCAUUGAUGUUGUACAAAGCGCAGAUGAAACUGGCGACAAAGGUCUCCAUUAGUAUGGUGCUUGGACUUGGUGCUCUUGCCUCUGUUGCUACAAUUAUUCGAAUGCCAUUUGUCUUGUUUUACUUCCACCCUAAUCCAGACUACCUUUAUCGGCACUGCCAUGUUUCUCUAUGGAGCACCGUCGAAGCAGGAAUCGGUAUCAUAGCUGGUUCUCUCCCUGCUUUGAGAAAGUUUGUCAAACGCUGGAUUACAUUUGACAGCUCGGCUCGCCAAUAUUCACCCCCUAAGCCAUAUGGGGGAUCUAAUGGGCUGGGCAUUACUAGUCAUAUCGGAACUGCAAGCCGUGUGAAAGGGUACAACAUAUCACGAGAUGUGGAGAACGACGGCAAGGACCACUGGGAAGGUCUUGAUGAUGGCUCAUCUAGGAGAGGGAUUAUAGUUACCGUAGACGUAGAGAUGCAUACAUUGGAGAACAAUGCGGAGUCGAUAGGGUCUCGUGUCUCAGAUGAGACAUAUGCAAGACCAGCUUAG